AUGAGCUUAAAGGAGGAACAGGUGUCCAUUAAGCAGGACCCCGAACAAGAAGAAUAUCAGCGUGAACAAUUCCAUGAUGUUCAGAUCAAGCAAGAGCCACAGGACCAUGAUGAAGUGGACUCGCAAUACACAAACGGUACGCAAGAUGAUGAUAAUGGUAAAUAUGAGGCAACUGAAACCGGCGUGAAGACCGAACCAGACAUCGGUAUGGGCAUCACCUCGUCUCAGAGCGAAGCGGGACAAGUUCUGCCCGACCAACCAGAGGUCAAGUUCAUUCGUCGUCAAAUCAAUGGAUAUGUAGGGUUUGCUAAUUUGCCCAAGCAAUGGCAUAGAAAGUCUAUAAAGAACGGGUUCACUUUCAACCUUUUAUGUGUAGGUUCUAACGGAAUUGGUAAAACAACUUUAAUGAAAACUUUAUUUAAUAAUGAUGAUAUUGAGGCUAAUUUGGUUGAUGAUCACGAGGAAGAACUUGCGCAUGACGACGAAGAAGAAGAGGGGCAUGAGAACCGACCACAAGACCAAAAAUAUAAAGUUAAAAUUAACUCAUAUGAAACGGUUAUUGAAGAAAACGGUGUUAAAUUAAACUUGAACGUUGUUGAUACUGAAGGGUUUGGCGAUUUUUUGAAUAACGAUGAAGAGUCUUGGAAUCCUAUUAUUAAGGAAAUCGACUCUCGUUUCGACCAGUAUUUGGAUGCAGAGAACAAAAUCAACAGGCAGUCGAUAAACGAUAAAAGAAUUCAUGCAUGUCUCUAUUUCAUUGAACCUACUGGUCACUACUUGAAGCCUUUAGACUUGAGGUUCAUGCAACUAGUUCACGAAAAGUGUAAUUUAAUUCCUGUCAUUGCCAAAUCCGAUAUAUUAACUGAUGAAGAAAUCUUGAAUUUCAAGAAAGCUAUAAUGAAUCAGUUAAUUCAAUCUAAUAUCGAACUUUUUAAGCCGCCAAUCUAUUCUAAUGAUGAUAUUGAAAAUAGUCGCUUAUCCGAAAGAUUGUUUACUAGCUUACCUUAUGCUGUCAUUGGCUCCAACGAUCUUGUGGAGAACUAUGGUGGGAACCAAGUUAGAGGCCGUUCUUAUCCGUGGGGCGUAAUCGAAGUGGAUAAUGACAAUCAUUCCGAUUUCAAUCUUUUGAAGAAUUUAUUGAUCAAGCAAUUCAUGGAGGAAUUGAAGGAAAGGACGAACAAGAAACUGUACGAAAACUAUAGAUCUUGUAAGUUGGCUAAGCUUGGUAUUAAGCAAGAUAACUCAGUUUUCAAAGAGUUUGAUCCAAUAUCCAAACAGCAAGAAGAGAAAACUUUGCAUGAGGCCAAAUUAGCUAAACUAGAAAUUGAGAUGAAAACGGUUUUCCAACAAAAGGUUUCAGAAAAGGAGAAAAAACUACAGAAGUCGGAAACUGAAUUGUUUGCUAGACAUAAAGAAAUGAAGGAAAAGUUAACUAAGCAAUUAAAAGCUUUGGAAGAUAAGAAAAAGCAAUUGGAACUUUCCAUAAAUAGUGCUUCUCCUAACGUCAACCAAUCUCCCGUUCCUACAAAGAAGAAAGGGUUUUUACGUUAG